AUGCCAAACGCACACCAUUUCAAUCUUCCCCUGAUUCCCAAAUUUCUGCUUCCGCCCACAGUGUUUCGCUCACGACAGAGUGCGGGGGGUGAUUCUCCCCAGCCCAACGAUCACGAGCUCUCGAAAAGUGAAAAGUAUCUCGAUGGUCAUGUGUCAUAUCUUCGUUGCUCCCGCUGUGCAGCAGACGUUUGCUUAGCUUCCCAGAUCGUCAGCAAAGGUUUCAAUGGUCAGCAUGGUCGUGCCUACCUUGUCUCCCUGGAGCCCGUUGCCAGUGCCAUUUCCGUGAGCGCAUCAUCCUCACCAACCGUCUCGCUACCGAAUACCAUCCUGCAGAAGCCUGUGUGGCGCCAGUUGGUUACAGGGGGGCAUACUGUCAGCGAUAUGAGCUGUGCCUCAUGCGGGAGUGUACUUGGUUGGAAGUAUGUUGCUGCCGAUGAGGAAUCGCAGCGCUACAAAGUCGGCAAAUUUAUUUUGGAAACCAAAAAAAUUACGGCAUCAUCUUGCUGGGAAUCUCCUUCAAGAAAUAUUGGUUCCGCUGCACCAUUCGGCACCGUUAAUUCUGGGAAUUCGGGUGCGAAAACGCUUGGUGAAGAUAUAAGUUUUGACAGCCAAGACGAGGAUGAGUGCGAAGACUUAUUUGCCGGGAUCUGGAAUCCUGAUUUGGCUAUGCGUCGAAGGAGUCGCAAACCGAACCAUCGCUCCGCAGUGUUCGGUCUUGGUUGA